UUUUAAUUAGCUUAAAAAUGUCAGCAAAACCAAUCAAUGAAUAUUCUGGCAAAGAAUUGCUUUAUCGUGCACUGGAGCAUGUCCAAACUUUGUCCAAACCAAAGGCAGUUAAAUUAGACGAGGGAGACACAUUUAAUGAUGCCAUUCAAAACUGCGAGUGGCUGAAAACUGAAAAAAAAGGAGUAAUCAAACCAGACCAACUUAUAAAGCGCAGAGGAAAACAUUCCCUCGUUAAAAUUGGGACAACUGAUGAGUUGAGCAAGUGGUUUAACGAGAAGAAAGGACAAUAUAUUCAGAUUGAAAAAACAAGAGGCCGACUUUCGAAAUUUAUCCUUGAACCGUUUGUUGAGCAUUCUCAAAAAGAUGAACUUUAUUUGGCUAUAUACAGUCAAAUGAACAAUGACGUUAUUUUGUUCCUUGAAGAAGGUGGUGUUGAUAUUGGAGAUGUUGACUCAAAGGCUCGCAAACUUCUUGUUCCUGUGAAAGAAAAGGAUGAGGAAAUGCAAUUAAAUGACAAGGAAUUAAACGAUCUUUUGGGUAAAAAUUUGGAUUCAGCAAAGAAGAGUCUUGUUUUGCCAUUUAUCAAGGAGUUGUAUGAAGUUUAUAAGAAGAAUCAUUUCACAUAUUUGGAGAUUAAUCCUCUUGUUGUCUGUUCUGGAAAAAUUUAUAUAUUGGACUUGGCUGCAAAACUUGAUGAGACUGCUUCAUUUUUAUGCUCUGAACUUUGGAAGACUCGCGAUGGCGAAGAAAUUGAUUUUCCUGCUCCAUUUGGUCGUGACCUAGCUAAAGAGGAAAAGCAUAUUGCUGAAUUGGAUGCAAAGACAGGUGCCUCUCUUAAAUUGACUAUUCUCAACCGAAGUGGACGAAUUUGGACUAUGGUUGCUGGUGGUGGAGCUUCUGUUGUUUUCACUGAUACAAUUUGUGAUUUAAAUGGUGCUUCAGAAUUGGCAAAUUAUGGAGAAUAUUCAGGAGAUCCAAGCGAGUCACAAACUUUUGAAUAUGCCAAAACCAUUCUCUCCAUAAUGACUGAAGGAAAUCCACACCCUAAAGGGAAGGUUUUGAUAAUUGGUGGGUCUAUCGCAAAUUUUACUAAUGUUGCGGCAACUUUUAAGGGAAUUAUAAAUGCUAUUGAGACAUUUGCCGAAAAACUUCGAAUGCAUAAGGUGGUUAUUUUUGUUCGUCGUGGUGGUCCAAAUUACCAAGGAGGCCUUCGCAAAUUUAAAGAAGCAGCUUCUCGUCUUGACAUCCCAAUACAUGUUUUUGGACCAGAGACGCAUAUGACUAGCAUUGUUGGUGCAGCUCUUGGAGUCAAACCAAUCCCAGAAGCAUCUCUUGCGCCUCACACAACGGGACAAUUUUUGUUGACUCCUGGACAUGUUGAAAAAAGUGAUUCUUCUACUUCACAAACUCAAACCACUGAUUCCUCAAUGAAGACUAAAUCAAAUGGAUGUGUAAGAAAUAAUGAAAUGACAACAAAUGCUGGUGUAACUGAGAACGAUUUUCAAAAAAUCCACAGCCUUUUUGAAAAUAAUACAAAAGCGAUUAUUUGGGGACAACAAACACGAGCUAUUCAAGGAAUGAUGGAUUUCGAUUAUGUUUGUCGACGAGAAACUCCUUCUGUUGUUGCAUCAACUUAUCCUUUUACUGGGGAUCAUAAACAAAAAUUUUAUUUUGGUCAAAAUGAAUUGCUCGUCCCAGCUUACAAAUCUAUGGAAAAGGCUUUUCGUUCCCAUCCAGAUGCUUCUGUAAUGAUUACUUUUGCGUCUAUGCGUUCUGUUUUUGACACAGUCUUGGAAGCUCUUCAAUUCUCUGAUCAAAUUAAAGUUAUCGCAAUUAUUGCUGAAGGAGUGCCUGAAAAUCAAACAAGAAAAUUGAUUAAGAUUGCACGUGAGAAAGGCGUUGUUAUAAUCGGACCUGCAACUGUCGGAGGUAUUAAACCUGGAUGUUUUAAAAUUGGAAAUACUGGUGGUAUGAUGGAUAAUAUUUUGGCAUCAAAAUUGUAUCGUCCUGGAAGUGUUGCUUAUGUUUCUCGUUCUGGUGGAAUGUCGAACGAAUUAAACAAUAUUCUUGCACACAAUACUGAUGGUGUUUUUGAAGGAAUAGCUAUUGGUGGUGAUCGUUAUCCUGGAUCAACAUUUACUGACCAUAUUUUACGUUUCCAAGAUGAUCCCAGAGUUAAAAUGCUUGUACUACUCGGAGAACUUGGUGGUGAAGAAGAAUAUAAAAUAGCCGAAGCACUCGAAUCAAAAAGAAUUACCAAACCAUUAAUUGCUUGGUGUAUUGGUACUUGCGCUGAUCAUAUUGUCUCUGAUGUUCAAUUUGGACAUGCUGGUGCAUCCGCAAAUGCAGCCAGAGAAACAGCAAUGGCUAAGAAUAAAGCUUUAAAAUUGGCUGGAGCAUAUGUUCCUGAUUCAUUUGAUGAUUUUGGAAUUUUGAUUGCUAAAGUUUAUGCUCAAUUGGUAGCAAAUAGAACGAUAGUUCCCCAACCCGAAGAGCCUCCUCCACCUGUACCAAUGGACUAUGCAUGGGCUAAAGAACUUGGUCUAAUUCGUAAACCUGCAUCAUUUAUGACUUCAAUAUGUGAUGAACGUGGUGAAGAACUUCUUUAUGCUGGCGUUCCAAUUAGUCGAGUACUUGAAAAUAAUGUUGGUGUUGGUGGAGUGCUUAGCCUUUUAUGGUUUCAGAAACGACUUCCAGACUAUGCAAAUCGCUUUAUUGAAAUUUGUUUAAUGCUGACUGCUGAUCAUGGUCCCGCUGUGAGCGGUGCACACAAUACAAUUGUUUGUGCUCGUGCUGGAAAAGAUUUGAUUUCUUCAUUAGUUUCUGGCCUUUUAACAAUUGGUGAUCGCUUUGGAGGUGCUUUGGAUGGAGCAGCAAAAAUAUUUACUCAAGCUUUGGAUAAAGGUUUAAGCCCUAUGCAGUUUGUGAAUGAACAAAAGAAGUUGGGCCGAUUAAUUCCAGGAAUUGGACAUCGAGUCAAAUCUAUAAAUAAUCCUGACAAACGUGUUGAAAUAUUAAAAAAGUUUGCUUUGGAUAAAAAAGUCUUUAAACAAGAAACUCCAUUAUUUGAUUAUGCAUUAAAAGUUGAACAAAUUACUACUUCAAAGAAACCCAAUUUAAUUCUCAAUGUUGAUGGGGCAAUUGGCACAAUUUUUGUUGAUAUUUUGCGUAAUUCUGGAAUGUUUACCGCACAAGAAGCAUUAGAAAUGGUGGAAAUUGGAGCUUUGAAUGGACUUUUUGUUUUGGGACGAAGUCUUGGAUUUAUUGGGCAUUAUCUUGACCAACGCCGACUUAAACAACCUCUUUAUCGCCAUCCUUGGGAUGAUAUAAGUUAUAUAAUGCCAGAAGCUGACUAUGGAGAUACUCCUCCCAGUCUUUAA